UUAAUUUCCUCUAAACACCAAGCUAUAAAAUUGGUGUAUGAUCACUUAAUUCACCCAACACCGCCUAUCGAAGAGUGACAUCACGCAACAAUGAAAUAAGUGAGAUCAGACGCUAACUAGUUCAUACAACUUGGCAAUUACAAAACGGUAUAACUAGUGCUUUUAUAGGAUUUGCUUUUUGUUGGUAACCAUGGGUGAAGAAGCUGUGGGAGCUCAACACUCUAGAAAGGGUUCUACUUCUAGUUCGUCAUCAAUAAGUAAAAAAGAUAUACAAACAAGUUUAAAGCAGCUUCAGCUACUCCAAGCUUUUCAAAAUGGAGAUAUUGCUGAAGUAGACGCUCUACUUCAGAAUCAUAGCAAGGAAGAUUGCACUUAUGCUUUGUUUCUCAGUAUUCAAUGUGCAAAUGCUUCUAUGGUUAAGCAUAUUUUAUCCGUUUUUGAUGUAGAUUUGAAUGCUUAUGAUAAAAGUCAAAAUACGCCCCUUCAUUUAGCUGCUAUGGCAGGUCGCCAGGACGUAGUGGAAAUUUUGUUAUUACACCCCGACAUUAACUAUAACCUCCUCAAUGGAAACAAUUUAAAGCCUUGGCAGGUUGCAUCUUCUAAUGCUUUGAUGGAUUUCAUGAAAGGCUUCUGUGCCAUGUAUACAAAGGAAACAGCCCGCGAAUUUAAACAAGGCUUUCAGGAGCGAAAUUUUGAUACAUUGGACUAUUUGAUGAGACAUAAUGAAUAUAAUUCUGCAAUUGAUUUGAAUGAGAUUGAUAUUGAAUCUGGACAAACCUAUUUGCACUCCGCGACGAAGGCGAAGGACAUAGAACUUGUCAGGUGGCUGCUCAAUCAUAAUGCUGAUCCUUAUCGCCGAGAUAAGUUCGGAAAGCUUCCCGUUGAUUAUACAAAGGAUGAAAACUUGCGUAGUCUUCUUAGGAAUCAGCCUUCUGAAACAAACUCUGAUCUAUCUUCUUCAUCCGACCAAAACAUUUCCGGUUACUUGAAAAAAUGGACCAACUAUAAAUCAGGAUAUAAAUUAAGAUGGUUUAAUUUGCAUAACGGCGUGUUAUCUUACUACAAGAACCAAGAUGAUGCUUCUUCUGCCUGUCGUGGAUCUAUAAAUUUAAACUUAGCUCGUCUAGUUUAUGAUCCUAAACAACCUACUGUAUUUCAGGUCAUUGGGAGGGGUUCUGUUCGCUACAGUGUGAGGGCUAACUCACCUGUAGAAGCACGCCGAUGGAUCAAUGCCAUCUCGCAUGCUAUUGAACAUGGUCAGGAUACCGAAAGAAACCAAAAUUCAGAUGCUGUAUCCAUUGGUACUUACGAUAUACCGAUACCCGCAAAGCGCGGUAUGAGCUUUAGCUCCGAACAUUUACCCUGGAACGAAACUGAUUCUUAUGCUGGUUCAGAGGACGAACAUGAAGAAAUGCCAAAUCGGGAGAGUUAUGAAUUUAAUAUCAACAUUGCUAAAUACAAAGUGGACAUAUUACAGAGUUUGAUUAAUUCAGCAGUUUCCCAUGAGAAGUACAAACAAGACCCAUCUCUUAUGCAGGUGUUUGAAGGAAUUGAAAAUGCUUUUGCCACUUUACAGAAGACUGUAAUGGAGGUUCUACAUCUUCAACAUGAAGCAGAAAUUUACUAUAAACGAAAACUAGAAAACGCAAAGUCAAUCAAUGCUUUAUGGGCUGAAAAUUUGAAGACAGUCGUUGAAGAACAAGACCAAAUUGAAGAACGCUAUCACAGGAGUGAAACUCAUCGCAGGCGGACUAAAAGAGCACUUCGUAAAUUGGCUUCCUCUGUGGAAAAUAAUAGAAAUAAUGGCCAAAUCAACGAAACUGCAUCUUUAUCAUCUACCUCUUUGUCGAGUGAUUUUACUGAGGAGGAUCAAGAAGAAGAUAGAGAGACAUUUUUCGAUGCCAAUGCUAAUCAAACUCCCGCUCGUAUCCAAUCUCCCUCUAAAGAGACUCCUCCUACCGUUGGCCGGUAUCCUACAGAAGACAGUCCUGUUCCUACCGCCGGAAAAUAUCCUUCUACAGAGGCACCUGCUCCUACCGGUGAUCAAAGUUCUUCUAAAGUUUCAUCCCAAAGAAAUGAACAACCAGCCUUACAAGGAGAGUUACCUGAAGGUGCUGAGGAUCAACAAAAUAUCCCCCCUUCUUCUGCUCCUGGUGUUGCAGGUGGCACAGAGAAACAAGAAAAGAAAGCGCCAUCAAAUGAAGCUGAAGCAGAUCCUCUUUUUUCGGAGCUUCAAAAAUCAUUCCAUGGUUAUGAAGCACCUCUUCGAUUAAAUUUAGGUGUUAAUGACGAUCGCCCAAAAAUCAGUCUUUGGGGCAUUUUGAAGGGAAUGAUUGGUAAAGAUAUGACAAAGAUGGCUUUACCCGUUAGUUUUAAUGAACCUACUAGUCUUUUGCAACGUGUUGCAGAAGAUAUGGAAUAUACAGAUUUGCUCAAUUUAGCGUCUCAACAGGACGAUCCAGCUUGGCGUGUUUUAUACGUUGCUGCUUUUGCAGCUUCAGAAUAUGCAAGUACCAUUAAUCGUGUAGCAAAGCCUUUUAAUCCAUUGCUCGGAGAAACUUACGAACUAUGCCGUCCUGAUAAAGGAUACCGGUUCGUGAUUGAACAGGUCAGUCACCAUCCACCUGUUGGAGCAGCAUACUCAGAAUCUGUGAACUGGAAAUAUUAUGGGGAAUCAAGUGUAAAAUCGAAGUUUUAUGGUAAAAGCUUUGACAUAUCUCCUCUUGGCACUUGGUACCUGGAACUUAAAACUCCCUCAGGCAAGACGGAGUUGUUUACAUGGAAAAAGAUUACCUCUUCGGUAGUGGGAAUCAUUGCUGGAAAUCCUACCAUAGAUAAUUAUGGUCAGAUGUUGGUUCAAAAUCAUUCUGAUGAUGUAAACUGUAUCUUGGAUUUUAAGCCUCGCGGCUGGCGUGGUACCCAUGCCUAUGAAGUAAAAGGAAGUGUUCAAUCCACCAGUGAUGUUCCCGAGUACACAGUGAAUGGCCAUUGGAAUGAUAAAAUAUUUGCUUAUAAUUCCGGUAGCAAUAAGACAAUGCUAUGGCAAAACCAUGAGAGGCCUCCCCGUCCGUUCAAUCUGACACCUUUCGCCAUCUCCUUGAAUGCUUUAACGGACGAACUAAAGCCAUGGUUACCACCCACAGAUACUCGAUUACGGCCUGAUCAGAGGGCAAUGGAAGUAGGACAAUAUGAUCUUGCCGCUGAAGAGAAGAACAGGCUUGAGGAGAAACAAAGAGGAAAAAGAAAGAUGCGUGAUCAAGGAGAAGUGCAAGAAUGGAGACCAAGAUGGUUCUCCAUGAAGAAGCAUCCCAUUACCGGUGAAGACUACUGGGAGUUCAGUGGUGAAUACUGGAAUGUACGAGAGGAAGCUGGUAAGGCAAAAUUGUCUGGUCAAUCAUUUGAAUGGCCUGGUGUUGAGAAUAUUUUUUGAAAUAAACAGUAAAAGUAUUGUCUCAGUAUUUUUCAAGAUAGUCCCAAGUCCCGUUAAUUAGCAAUACGUUACAAAACCUAAAAAAUACGUGUAAUAAUUAAGCCAUAACUACGAAUUACA